AUGCCGAAAAAUAGUACCUCAGUUGACCGCGAGGCUGCCGUCCAGAAGCGAAAGAAGGAUCACAUUGAAAUCUGCCUCAAUAAGAAUGUAGAGCCUCACAAAGCGUUUGGUUCGAUUUGGAAUUCAUACUCUCUCCCCUACCGCGCGCUGCCGGAGGUGGAUCUUGCAAAGGUGGACCCCUCCUGCACCUUCAUGGGGCGGAAAGUCGCCUUUCCUUUUAUCAUUUCCUCGAUGACGGGAGGGGAGGCCCACGGGCGCGUGAUUAAUGAGAACCUCGCGAAGGCCUGCGAGGCGGAGCAGAUCCCGUUUGGGGUCGGGAGCAUGCGCGUGAUCAACCGCUACCCUUCCGCGGCUUUUACCUUUGACGUAAAAGAGUUUUGUCCGUCAGUGAUGAUGUUCGCGAAUAUCGGGCUUGUCCAGCUCAACUACGGCUUCGGUGCAAAAGAGAUCAACAAUUUGAUCGACUCCGUCAACGCAGACGGGAUUUUUAUUCAUCUCAACCACACGCAGGAGCUCUGCCAGCCUGAGGGGGAUACAAACUUUGAGGGGCUCAUCGAGAAACUUGAGAAGAUUCUCCCACAGAUUAAAGUACCCGUUGUCGUUAAAGGGGUUGGGCAUGGCAUCGACCGGGAAUCAGUGCGUGUGCUGAAAAAAAUAGGUGUACAAUAUGUCGAUGUUUCAGGCUGCGGCGGAACCUCCUGGGCGUGGAUUGAGGGUCGCCGCCGGAACUACGAAAACGAGGAAACGAAUAUCGGGUAUAUUUUUCGAGAUAUCGGAAUUACUACCGAUGUUUGCCUGAGGGAGUCCACCGACCUAGCGUCCGAUGGAAAGCUUCAUUUGAUUGCCGGUGGUGGAAUUCGCAAUGGGGUGGAAAUGGCGAAGGCAAUUUUGAUGGGCGCUGAGAUGGCAACCGCCGCGAUGCCAUUUUUGGCGGCAGCUUUAGAAAGCGCCGAUCGGGUUCGGGCGAUUCUUCAGCGUCUUAAGCGUGAAUUUCAAUUGGCUAUGUUCACCUGCGGCGCGAGGACCAUUAAAGAAUUUCGAAAAAUGAAAAUACUCUACAGAAACCAUAUAUAA